CACUUUUGUGUGGUCUUGGCCCCACUCGAGCGUGCAUCAGCCGGGGGAGCCGCAGGACGUGUUUGGCGCACAGAAAGGUUCCAUGUUGCUUCUUCGCCGCUCCGGAGCAGCGCAAGAGAGAUGACGAUGAGGUGUUCUUCAUGUUUGGAGCACUUGGUGUGCUGCGUCCUGAUCCUUGUAACCGCGGCUGUGGCGCAAUGGCCAGAAGACAGCAGUGUGUCCUUGCUGCAGCUGAUCGGGGACCCUCCUCCAAGCGAGAUCACCAGAAUUCGCAAGCCCGGCACCACUCCAGGCUACGUGUUCGGCCCCGACGCCAACACGGGCCAGCUGGCGCGCGCCCACCUGCCCAACCCCUUCUACCGCGACUUCUCCCUCCUCUUCAACUUGAAAACCACUUCCGACAGAGGCGGCGUGAUAUUCUCCAUCACGGACGCCACGCAGCAGAUCAUGUAUGUGGGCGUGAAACUCUCCCCCGUGCUGGGCGGCAAGCAGGACGUCAUCCUGUACUACACGGAGCCCGACUCGGAGAGCUCGUACGAGGCGGCCAGGUUCUCCGUGCCCUCUUUGAGGGACAACUGGACCCGCUUUGCCAUCGCGGUGAAGGACGACAAGGCGAUGUUCUACCUGAACUGUGACAUAGAUCCUCGGGUGAUGCGCAUGGAAAGGUCCCCCGAUGACAUGGAGCUGGAAGCCGGCGCUGGAAUUUUUGUUGGACAGGCUGGAGGCACGAAUCCAGACAAGUUCCUGGGUGUGAUCAGUGAGCUGAGAGUGGUGGGAGACCCCCGGGCUGCUGAGAGGCAUUGUGAAGAGGAUGAAGAUGACUCCGAUAUUGCCUCAGGAGAAGGGAGUGGCGAUGGAGCAAGCAGACCAUUGAAUCCAGUCAGAGAGAAGCACACAUGGACGCAAACAGCUCCUCCAUCGUCACGGCCUAUCCAGCAGCCCCCACUUGUAAAGGAAGAAGAGGCCUCCUUUGUAAGACACACAGGACCAGCCUUGACUAAAGGAGACCGAGGGGACAGAGGCGAGAAAGGAGACCGAGGGUCCGUAGGGACUAAAGGAGAUGCUGGUUCUAGCUCUGCAGUUGGCUCACAAGGUGGAGUCCGAGGCGAGAAGGGAGAACCAGGGCAAAGUGGAGCAAAGGGCGAUGCAGGUUUUGGAUACCAAGGAAAGAAAGGUGAGCCUGGCCCUUCUGGGCCCCCUGGACCCCCUGGUCCCCCUGGCCUUCCAGGUCAGGCAUCCGGGUCGUCAGUGUGCAAAGAGGGCUCAGAGACUUCCUGUGUACCUGGUCCUCGAGGACCACCUGGACCCCAAGGUGCACCUGGAGCCCAAGGACCACCUGGAGCUGAGGGAGAACCAGGUGAUCCUGGAGAGGACGGUAAGACGGGCCGUGAAGGACCCCGAGGCUUUCCAGGAACCCCUGGUGAUUCUGGACCAAAAGGAGAGAAGGGGGAUCGUGGGGAGGGUCAGCCUGGCCUCCGGGGACCCCCAGGACCUCCCGGGCCCCCAGCACCCGGAGCCCGACCUACUUUUGUGGACAUGGAGGGCUCAGGAUUCCCCGAUUUGGAGUCUUUGCGGGGACUACCGGGGCUACCAGGACCACCGGGCCCCCCUGGUCCACCUGGUGUUUUUGGCCCCUUUAAUCCAGGUUCAGCAUCGACUUCUGGAGUUGCUGGACCACAAGGGAAAGAUGGAGCACCUGGGCAACCCGGCUUAUCUGGUUUACCAGGUGUUGAUGGCAGGCCAGGAAUUCCUGGUCCUAAGGGAGAAAAGGGGGAUUCUGGUAUGGUUGGUGUUUCUGGACCAAUUGGAGAGAAGGGAGCUCAAGGAGAAGAUGGCUUGCCUGGACGAAAUGGCGAGCCUGGAUUGGCUGGUUUACCCGGCCCAAUGGGACCAGUUGGGCAGCCUGGGCCCCCCGGACCUCCUGGACCAAGCUACCGUGUUGGAUUUGAUGACAUGGAGGGAUCUGGUGGAAUUUUCUCUAAUGGGCUUCCUGGCGUGAGAGGACCUGAAGGAAGACAGGGUCCACCUGGUCUACCUGGACUUUCUGGUAAACCGGGAUUGCCUGGCCUUCCUGGUCAGAAGGGCAGCGAAGGGUCUGAAGGGAGCGACGGGAGACCAGGAUUGGAUGGCUUCCCUGGAGUUCAGGGAGUAAAGGGCGACAAAGGUGACCCAGGAGAGAGGGGUGAAGCGGGCCGAGAUGGCUCUGGAUUCCCAGGACCUCCAGGUCCACCCGGACCACCUGGACAAAUCAUCUAUCAGCCAUCUGACAAUUUUGAUAGUGUUGUUGGCAGUGCUGGGCCUCAGGGAGGACCUGGCCUGCCUGGUCAAGCUGGAUUCCCUGGUCCAAUGGGACCAAAAGGCGACAGAGGAGACCCAGGUCCUUCCGGUUAUGGAAUUAAGGGUGAGAAAGGUGAACCAGGUUUAGUAAUAGGUCCCGACGGGAGUCCACUCUUUUCGGACGGGCGAACUGGGUUGAAAGGAGACAGAGGCUUUCCUGGACCCGUCGGACCACCGGGACGAUAUGGACCUGCUGGAUCAAAGGGUGAAAUUGGAAUGCCUGGAAGACCUGGUCGCCCUGGUGUAAAUGGAUACAAGGGUGAAAAAGGAGAGCCGUCGGUAGGCUCUGGCUACCCGGGUGUUCCCGGCCCACCUGGACCACCUGGACCUCCGGGACCAGCCAGUCCUUCCGAUCGCUUCAAUCGCUACGAUGAAAGCUCCAGAAACUAUCCAGCAAUUCAAGGAGAAAAGGGAGAACGUGGCGAUCGUGGACUUCCAGGCAUCCCCGGGACGUCCUCUAGUUUGGAUAUUUACGCAUUGAAGAAGGAACUGAAGGGAGAGCACGGAAACCCCGGAGUGAAAGGAGAAAAGGGUGAACCUGGCGGAUAUUAUGACCCUCGUUUUGGGGGAGUUCAAGGCCCGCAAGGUCCUCCUGGCAAACCAGGUCUACCAGGUCCAAAAGGAAGUUCUGUUACAGGCCCCCCAGGGCCUCAGGGACCCCCGGGGCCAGCAGGAAUUGCUUACGACGGCCGUCAAGGUCCGCCCGGUCCGCCUGGACCACCAGGACCGGCAACGUCUCCCUCUCUUACCGGUGGCUUUUGGCCCAGUCACUCUGGCAAUGUACCCGGGCCUCCUGGUCCUCCUGGCCCACCUGGAAAUCCUGGACUCUCGUCUGCAGUUACAGUUCUGAGGUCCUACGACACAAUGAUUGCUACUGCCAGACGGCAGGCGGAAGGCAGCCUCAUCUACAUCAUCGACAAAGCCGACCUCUAUUUAAGAGUCCGUGACGGACUGCGACAAGUCUUGCUUGGAGACUAUAGACCCUUCUUUAGAGAUCUGGAAAACGAGGUGGCAGAGGUCAAGCCUCCACCCGUGAUCUUGUACCCCCAAUCCCACGACCAGUCCCAGAACAACGGAGCUGGCCAUUACUCUCAGAGUGUUUCUGCUGUCCGACCCAUUGAGCCACCAUCAUACCCACGUGUCGAGUCACGAUUUUCAGACCAGAGGCACUCGGGUCAGACGGACGGCAGACUGGCUACAGAACAAGGCCAGAGCAACUAUCCUGUCACUCCCCAACGCAGACCCAGUAAUCCUGUCGUGCAACCUGCAGUGCAUGUGGACAAAUCAGGAUCAGGGCUCCAUCUUAUCGCGCUGAACGCCCCUCAAACUGGUAACAUGCGAGGAAUUCGUGGGGCGGACUUCCUGUGCUUCCAGCAGGCCCGCGCCGUGGGCCUAAAGGGGACUUUUAGAGCCUUCCUGUCCUCUAAGCUUCAGGACCUUUACACCAUCGUCCGCAGGUCGGACAGAGAGACCUUCCCCAUUGUCAACCUCAAGGAUCAAGUGUUGUUUGACAGCUGGGAAUCGAUCUUUGGUGACAACGGGAGCAAAAUGAGGGAGAACGUGCCAAUUUACUCGUUUGAUGGCAGAGAUAUUCUCAGGGACAGUGCAUGGCCGGACAAAAUGGUCUGGCACGGGUCGAGCAACAAAGGCCACAGGCAAACAGACCACUAUUGCGAAACAUGGCGGGCAGGCGAGCACGCCGUCACGGGCCUGGCGUCGUCCCUCCAGAGCGCCCGUCUCCUGCAGCAACACUCCAGCAGCUGCUCCGGCUCCCACAUCGUUCUGUGCAUCGAAAACGCCUUCACGUUACACUCCAAACAAUAAGGAUGCAAUCACUUGUUCUAUCUUUUUUUUUUUUGGCAGCGAAUUAGUUUUUUUUUUUUUUAACAUACAAAAUAAAUGUCCGAUUCUUUGUGUCCAAUGAACUUGCCCGGUGGCUUUUUGGCCUGGCAGGGGGGGGGGGUUUGCACCGCAUGCUUCUUCACGCCAAAAAGAUGUUGGACAGAGGGCUUCUUUUGUCUCCAGGGGGGCUUUGGCACAUAUUUUCUUCCAAGGCUUGAACAAGCGCAACAAAUACAGUAAUUGUGUUCACAAAAUAUAUUCUUUUUUUUUUUUUAUGUAUAUUACUUGGUUUUUUUGGGUCAUUUUUGCGUGUUUUUUUUUUUUUAUGUGCUAUUCAUUUUUACCUUUUUAAAAGUGUUAUAUCCAUCCUGUUUUUUUUUUCCUUUCAAUCUCCACAUUUGUUCCAAUUUUAUUUUACUUGUGGGUGACUAUAGGGUACGGCGAAGAUUAUUUUAAAAUUCUAAAGGAGAUGGAAAAAAGAUAUAUUUAUUUUUUAAUGAAGAUAUGCAAGACAAACAAAUCUGAUGAAAAUACAGCGUGCCCAAAUAUCCUCAUAUUGACAACGUUCUUUUCAACGGUGUUUUAUUUCUAGGACCAAGCCUGCAUUUAUAAUGAACCACUUCCUUUUUAUAUUAGCACUAUUACUGUACUUUCCGGGUUAUAGAGUGCACCAUUAUUUAAGCCACACCCACCAAAUUAAAAAUAAAUAAAUAAAGUUUUAACAUACAUAUACUGCACCGGACCAUAAGCCGCAAAUAUAUAUAUAUAUAUAUAUAUACACAAUUGAGGGAACCCCUCAUGAAACAGUUCUGUAGAGAUGAAGUAGUCAUAUAUAUAUCUAUAUAUAUAUAUAUAUAUAUAUAUAUAUAUAUAUAUAGAUAUAUAUAUCAGCUAAAUAGACUCAAUAACUCCACGGUGACGUCUUGGUGAAUUUACCGAGGAAUUUGUGAAAGUGAAACAAUACAAAAAGAAUGCCAUUGUAAGUUAAUAGUACUAACACGGACACUUGUAAACACGUUAGCACAUCCGCUAAUGCUAACAACGCUAGCUUGAUUACAUCACCAUAGCAGACGUCACACAUGGGACAUGUUUUAGUAAUUAUGAAUUGUUUUAGUUACAUUAAAAAAGUCUUACAAACGUUGCUUGGGAGUGAUGAGUGUGGAAUCCUGUCCGGCGCGUUUAUACUUCCAGUUCAAGGCAUAGAGCAGGAACCCGCAGCACCUGUGGUGAGCGAACUCGGACCAAAAGAUGGUUCCGUAGCAGAAACAAUAAGACACCUUUUCAGGGUCUAUUUCAGUUUUGAAAACUUGACGACAAAACGUCAAGUUUAAAUUAACUUAAAUUCAUUAAUGUUAAGGGUGUAAAGCAGUGGUCCCCAAACUACGGAUCUGGGUCCUCUUUUGAUCCGUAACAAAAAUUUUUGUUAAAAAAAAUAUAUAUAUAUAUAUAUAUAUAUAUAUAUAUAUAUAUAUAUGUUUUUUUAUUUUUUUUGUUACAAAAUAUACAUACUGUAUAUGUAUAUAUACAUAUACCAUAUGUGUGUGUGUGUGUCUGUAUGUAUUUAUAUAUGGUAACACUUUAGUAUAGGGAACAUAUUCACCAUGAAUUAGUUCCUUAUUAAAUUAACAACGACCUAAUUUAGAAUUAUUUGGACACUAAGGGAACAUAUAAGGGUUAGGGGUACUAAUAAGCAAUAAUUCUGAGGUUAUUCAGAAUCACAAAUACUUUAUUAUUCCUUUUGAGGGAAGGCCUUUAGUUAGUAGCUUGAUAAGGCCAUGCAGAAUAAGACAUUACUAAGUACUUAAUGACUAAUUAAGAGCCAGUAUGUUACUAAUUUGCAUGUUAAUGAGCAAAUAAUUAAUUAAUGGUGAAUAUGUGUUACCCAUACUAAAGUGUUGCCGUAUGUAUGUAUGUGUGUAUAUAUAUAUAUAUAUAUAUAUGCGGGCCCCAAGUCAACAAGUUUGGGGACCCCUGGCAUAAAUGGUUAGAACAAAAAGUGGCCGCUUAUUGUCCGAAAAAUCCGCUAAUAUGCUGCCUUGUAGGGCAUUAAUGCUACCCAGAGGACCAACCACCACUAAAAUGAUGAUGUACCUAACCGUGUGCUUGAUGCUAAUCUGUGUGGAGUUUUUAAAAAACAUAAUCACAUUUUCCUACCCAGGUGUUGUCCGUCAGCAAUUAACGACAGUGUCCAUCUUAUGUUCCAUUUUUAACGACACACUGAGCUGUACUGAUCCUCCAAGGCACUGAAUAAAAAUGGUUUCAACCCGCCUCAAA